GACCCAUCAACCAUGUUCUGGGGACUGGAAUGCUUCCCGGGGAAGACGUACUCGCAGUCGCCCGAGGUGCCGACGCGGCUGUCGCAGGCGUGCCUGGCGCACGAUGCCGAGACUGGUGCGCGUGCGACGGUGACGUGCAAGGUUGACGGGCACACGUACAACCUGUGCACGCUCGAGGCUGGGCGCACCGACUCGCAGACGCUGGAUCUGAUGUACGGCGCGGACGUGCCUGUCUCGUUCUCGGUCAUCGGCGACGCGACGGUGCACCUCUCGGGCUACGUCAUGGUUGACGAGGAGCCUGAGGAGGACCAUGGGAUGUACCUGUCUGAGGAGCAGCUGGAGGACCUGCGGGAGCGCGGUCUGCUCGACGACGACGACAUUCUCGACUCGGACGAGGAGAUCGAGGAGAUGGACGAGGAGACGCGGGCCAACACGCUGAUGAACGCCAUGUUCUCGGGCAAGGGCAAGGGCGGCGACAACGAGAGCGACGACGACGAGGGUGAUGACGAGUACGUGCCGUCGGGCUCCGAGGAGGGCGACCACGACCUGCCGGCGGGCUCCGAGUCGGACGACGACGAGGCGCUGGACGAGGAGGAGAUGAUCCGGCAGUACCUGGCGCAGAAGAAGCGCAAGGCGCCGGCUGACGAGGCCGAGGGCAAGAAGGCGUCCAAGAAGGCCAAGAACCUCGAGGCCGAGGCUGUGGAGAAGAAGCAGAAGGCCAAGAAGGAGGCCAAGGCCAAGAAGGAGGCCAAGGCCAAGGCGGCCAAGGAGGCCAAGGAGGCCAAGGAGGCCCAGGAGGCCAAGGCGGCCAAGAAGUCCAAGGGUAAGGCCAAGAAGGUGACGCUCAAGAACGGGCUCUGCUACGUCGAUGUCGAGGAGGGCAAGGGCGCGGUGGCCAAGAACGGGCGGACCGUCACGGUCAAGUACAUCGGCAAGCUCAAGUCGGGCAAGAAGUUCGACUCGAGCAAGUCGUUCUCCUUCCGCCUCGGUGCCGGCGAGGUCAUCCAGGGCUGGGACGUCGGUGUCAAGGGCAUGCGCAUCGGCGGCAAGCGGACGCUGUACAUCCCGGCCAAGUUGGGCUACGGCUCGCAGCGCGCCGGGCCGAUUCCGCCCAACUCGGAGCUGAUCUUUGACGUCUGCCUUAAGGGUGUCAACUAAGAUGCGGAUCAAACAGUCUCUGUCGUG